CCCCCCCACCCCCCCCCCCCCCCACCCCCCCCCCCCCCCACCCCCCCCCCCCCCCACCCCCCCCCCCCCCCACCCCCCCCCCCCCCCACCCCCCCCCCCCCCCACCCCCCCCCCCCCCCACCCCCCCCCCCCCCCACCCCCCCCCCCCCCCACCCCCCCCCCCCCCCACCCCCCCCCCCCCCCACCCCCCCCCCCCCCCACCCCCCCCCCCCCCCACCCCCCCCCCCCCCCACCCCCCCCCCCCCCCACCCCCCCCCCCCCCCACCCCCCCCCCCCCCCACCCCCCCCCCCCCCCACCCCCCCCCCCCCCCACCCCCCCCCCCCCCCACCCCCCCCCCCCCCCACCCCCCCCCCCCCCCACCCCCCCCCCCCCCCACCCCCCCCCCCCCCCACCCCCCCCCCCCCCCACCCCCCCCCCCCCCCACCCCCCCCCCCCCCCACCCCCCCCCCCCCCCACCCCCCCCCCCCCCCACCCCCCCCCCCCCCCACCCCCCCCCCCCCCCACCCCCCCCCCCCCCCACCCCCCCCCCCCCCCACCCCCCCCCCCCCCCACCCCCCCCCCCCCCCACCCCCCCCCCCCCCCACCCCCCCCCCCCCCCACCCCCCCCCCCCCCCACCCCCCCCCCCCCCCACCCCCCCCCCCCCCCACCCCCCCCCCCCCCCACCCCCCCCCCCCCCCACCCCCCCCCCCCCCCACCCCCCCCCCCCCCCACCCCCCCCCCCCCCCACCCCCCCCCCCCCCCACCCCCCCCCCCCCCCACCCCCCCCCCCCCCCACCCCCCCCCCCCCCCACCCCCCCCCCCCCCCACCCCCCCCCCCCCCCACCCCCCCCCCCCCCCACCCCCCCCCCCCCCCACCCCCCCCCCCCCCCACCCCCCCCCCCCCCCACCCCCCCCCCCCCCCACCCCCCCCCCCCCCCACCCCCCCCCCCCCCCACCCCCCCCCCCCCCCACCCCCCCCCCCCCCCACCCCCCCCCCCCCCCACCCCCCCCCCCCCCCACCCCCCCCCCCCCCCACCCCCCCCCCCCCCCACCCCCCCCCCCCCCCACCCCCCCCCCCCCCCACCCCCCCCCCCCCCCACCCCCCCCCCCCCCCACCCCCCCCCCCCCCCACCCCCCCCCCCCCCCACCCCCCCCCCCCCCCACCCCCCCCCCCCCCCACCCCCCCCCCCCCCCACCCCCCCCCCCCCCCACCCCCCCCCCCCCCCACCCCCCCCCCCCCCCACCCCCCCCCCCCCCCACCCCCCCCCCCCCCCACCCCCCCCCCCCCCCACCCCCCCCCCCCCCCCCCCCCCCCCCCCCCCCCCCCCCCCCCCCCACCUCCCCCCCCCCCCAAAACCCCCCCCCCCCCCCCCCCCCCCCCCCCCCCCCCCCCCCCCCCCCCCCCACCCCCCCCCCCCUCCACCCCCACCCCCCUCCACCCCCCCCCCCCCCCCCUCCCCCCCCCCCCCCACCACCCCCUCCCCCCCCACCUCCCCCACCCCCCCCCCCCACCCCCCCCCCCCCCCCCCCC